UGGGAGGAGGGAGGGAGAGAGGGAGCGCUCGCAUCCUAAUCUUCCUGUUCAGCAUCUCUGCUGGCUGUCUGGAUGAUCCCUCUCUCUCAUGUUUGAACACAGGCCGUUAUUACCGGAUACUCAGCUUUUUGGGGGAUUGUCCGUUUUUACAUUUUUAAAAACAAAGGGACUAUUCUGGUGCAUAGUCAGCAUAAUUUGACGGCUCAGCAUGUGGCCCAACGAGAGCUCUGAAAAUCAAAGGUGAUUAGAAGUGACCAACCGCCAUCCUUAAAGUCAAACUCAAGGGACCCAAUUGGAGCCUCGAGGACCGCUCAAGAUUUCUUUAGCUGUAAACACUCGAGCAGAUCAAAAGAACGCAGACACAAACCAACACAGCUACGGAUUAUGCCUAUAUAGGCUCCGACGUGCAGUGUAGAUAAGAACAUCUCUGAAACCAUGGCGGAUCCAUACCACAACAACAUUUACCACCAGGGAGACGGAGACAGCUAUGGGACAUAUGGACAGGGAGGACAGGACGGCUACGGUUAUCAGACUGAGUACCCUCCUCAGGAGGAAGACGCCGCCAGCGAUGCCACCGAGGGACACGAUGAAGAUGAUCAAAUGUAUGAAGGGGAGUACCAGGGCAUCCCCCAUCCAGAUGAGGUCAAGGCUGCUCGGAGGGCUGCAAGAGCGAAAGCGAGGACCGCAGCGGAUGCCGUUUCAGAUCAGGAGGAGCUUGCUGAACAAUACGAGGACAUCAUGGAGGACUGUGGACAUGGGAGGUUCCAGUGGACCCUGUUUGUGGUGUUAGGUCUGGCUCUAAUGGCGGACAGCGUGGAGUGCUUUGUAGUGGCAUUGGUGCUACCCAGUGCAGAGAAAGACAUGUGUUUGUCCCACGCUGAGAAGGGAAUGCUGGGUUUGAUAGUAUUCCUGGGAAUGAUGUUCGGAGCAUUUAUUUGGGGUGGCCUGGCUGAUAAAGUGGGCCGACGAAAAUGUCUGAUUAUCGUCCUGGCCAUGAAUUGCAUUUCUGCCUUCUUCUCCUCAUUCGCACAGGGAUAUGGCUUCUUCCUAUUCUUCAGGCUGUUCUCUGGAAUUGGGAUCGGGGGCUCUGUCCCAAUUGUGUACUCGUACUUCUCUGAGUUCCUCCAGAUGGAUAAAAGAGGAGAACAUCUCAGCUGGCUUUGCAUGUUUUGGAUGAUGGGGGGCAUCUACGCCUCCUUCACUGCUUGGGGCAUCAUCCCUCGAUAUGGUACAUAUGUAUACCUUGUAUAUGUAGAUCGGUGUAAGAAAUACUUUCCCUUUUCCCUUAUUUUUACAUAUUGGCUGUUGUUCUGUAUUUCAGGUUGGGGCUUCAGCAUGGGCACAGAGUUCCAGUUCCACAGCUGGAGGGUGUUUGUUCUAGUCUGUGCUCUCCCAGCUAUAGCGGCUUUUGUUGGGUUAAUGUUCAUGCCCGAGAGCCCACGCUUCCUACUGGAGAAUGCUAAACAUGAUGAAGCCUGGAUGAUCCUGAAACAGGUUCAUGACACCAACUGGAGAGCGAAAGGAGAACCUGAGAGAGUGUUUACUGUAACUCAAAUCAAGACUCCAAAGACACAGGAAGAUGAGUUUAUUGAGAUUCAGACUGCAACUGGAACUGCGUUCCAGAGAUGGGUGGUUCGAACCUUGACAUUGACCAAGCUGGUCAUGAAAAAUGUUGCGUCCCUCUUGGGUCGUGAUCUAAGACUAGCUACUCUGCUAAUGGCCAUCAUAUGGUUCACAAUGGCAUUUAGUUUUUACGGGCUUUCUGUGUGGUUUCCUGACAUGAUCAAACACCUCCAGCAUGAGGAGUAUGAAUCUAAGGUGAAAGUGUUUCAUCGGGAGAAGGUGGAGCAAUUUCAUUUCAACUUCUCUUUGGAGAACCAAGUCCAUAAAGAGGGAGAAUACAUCAAAGACAAGUUCAUCAACAUUGAGAUGAGGUCUGUGAAGUUUGAAGACUCUUUGUUCGUGGACUGCUUCUUUGAGAACAUCCGAUCCACAGAAACCAUCUUUGAGAACUGCACCAUCCGCAGUACUGUGUUUUAUGACACAGACUUGUAUGAAGAAAAGUUCAUUGACUGUACAUUAGAGAACGUCACUUUCAGUCACAACAAGAAAGGAUGCCAUUUAGACUAUGAAGAGGAGAAUGACGUCCUCGUCUACUUGGUCAGCUUCUUAGGCAGCUUAGCCGUGUUGCCUGGAAAUAUCAUCUCCGCACUCUUCAUGGACAAGAUUGGACGCAUCAAGAUUAUAGGUGGUUCGAUGCUUAUUUCUGCUGGUUGCACCUUUUUCCUUUUCUUGAGCUUUAGUCAGGCAGCCAUCAUAGCCUGGCAGUGUCUGUUUUGUGGCGUUAGCGUAGCAGCAUGGAACGGCAUUCAGGUCAUCACUGUGGAGCUCUACCCAGCUUCAAAAAGAGCCACAGCGUUUGGAGUCUUAAAUGCCAUUUGCAAGUUGGCGGCUAUAUUGGGAAGCUCAAUCUUUGCCUCGUUCAUAGGCAUUACCAAAGUCAUUCCUAUUCUGCUGUCCUUCGGUGCUCUGGUCGGUGGCGGAGUGCUGGCCCUGAAACUGCCUGAGACCAGAGAGAAGGUCUUGCUGUGAAAAUCUAAAGCUGAUAGUUUGGUCCAAGCCAUUGUAAAUGACUGGUAGUGUGGAUAUAACUGCUGGCAUGUAUAAAAUUGGGCUUAAUCAAGAAAAAAAUAUAUAUAUGUGAUAUUAAAUUCCAAUAUUCAAAAACUACAAGGACCAAAUGAAUCUACUCCUAGUCAAAAUGUUAAUGUAUAGAUAUGCCUGAUAUUUCAUAUAAAGUAAGUCAAAGGCCCGCUGGGUCAUUUAGAGCCUCAAGAAAAAAAAUCUGCACUAGUUAUAGAGUAACAGAAAAAUCUACAGGGAGUAUUAUAGAGAAAACCCUCCGGUGAAAAAUACAAUAGUCCCAGAUUUGCUUGGAUGGGGUAAUCAGAGUCAUGGAAGUCUCAAUCCUGUGCCAUUUCUUGGUCAAAAAAUUCAGGUACUGUUGAAGAUUUUCUUUUUAUCUUAUUCUAUAGCUUGUAAUUUGCUAUCCUCUCACCUUCUGCCUUUGCUUACGAUGUAACCUCCGCUGAAAAAAACGGUGUGUUUUUGUCCUGGUGUUUGCAAGUGUCCUACUGUAUGUCAAGAGACUGAUCUCAAUGUGUCGCUGUACGUUUGGAUGCUCGGUGCAGAAUGUGCGCUUGCGUUUGUUGGAUCACUGCAGAAACCAUUACGUGUGCUUCCUCCGUUUUCUAUUUUUGCUUUGUUAACUGUAAAUUGGCGGAGCACCUUACAAAGCUAGCCUCACUUUACCUUGCCUUUCACUAAACGUGUUGUUUCUUAGUGCUCUCUUUCUCUAUCGCCCUCUUAUUUUGUUCUUUUGCAUUCUGUGAAUCCUGAAAACGUCGGACGGUUUGGUCACUUUGGACUUGAGCUUCACAGAGCCACAUAUCUGUACGUGUUGUUGACUGAGUUGCAUGUGUGUAAUUUAUCAAGUAAUGUUGUGUCUUUUCUUAAUGUGUUGUUUGGAUGAUCUAAUGUUUGUCUCACUGCAAAUAAAACUGGUUAGACCAUA